AUGAGGAAGAGAUUGGAGAUUCAAAUGGGAAGUGUCCUGGAACUUCUCGACUCAAUGAUCAAACAGAGGAUGAAACAGCAGGAAAUGGAUCAUGAUUCUGUUCCAAACAAUGAUAUGUUGCAUUAUCUUCUCAAGAACGAAGAGAGCGACGCCCAAAUCGAUCAAAAUCAAAUGAUAAAUUUACUUCUUGAAUUGUUCGCAGCGGGCGCGGAUACAACCGCAGCGACAUUACAAUGGGCAAUGGCGGAGCUAUUGAGGAAUCCAGAAAAAUUAGUGAAAGCACAAGAGGAAAUCAAGCAAGUUGUGGGGAAGAACAAACCAGUGGAUGAAGCGGACAUUCCGAGGCUGCCAUAUCUACAAGCAGUAGUGAAGGAAGCUUUACAAUUGCAUCCAGCGGUUCCAUUAUUGCUACCUCGUACGGCGAAACAAGAAGUGGAGAUCGAAGGUUUCACAAUCCCUAAACAUGCUCAGGUUCUGGUUAAUGCAUGGGCGAUCGGAAAAGAUCCGUUGAGCUGGGAGAAUCCGGAAUCAUUCGAACCGGAGAGGUUUUUGGGAUCGGAAAUUGACAUUAGAGGACGGAGCUUCGAGCUGAUUCCGUUCGGCGGAGGGAGAAGGAUUUGCCCUGGACUACCACUAGCUGUGAGAAUGAUGCCUUUGAUGUUGGGUUCGUUAAUUAGCUUCUUUGAUUGGAAGGUCGAAGAUGGAUUCGAGAUAAACAUGGAUGAUAGAUUUAGCUGGGUUGUCGAGAUGGCUUAUUAGGCAAACACGACUCUCGUCAAUGGUAUGGUAUGAUAUUGUCGACUUUGAGGGUAAGCUCUCAUGAAUUUGCUUUACCGUUUCUCAAAAUGUCUCAUACCAAUAAACUUAGUAUACCUCACUUAUAAACCUAUGAUAAUUCCCUAAAUUAGCAAAUGUAGGACUUUCAUCAUCCAUGGAAAAUAUAUACUUUGUUUUGGACUUCGUACCAAUGAAGAUAGUAUUACUUGAUUAUAAACCA